UAUUUGCUUAAUAAUAUUUUUUGUGCAGUACCUUAAUUAAAACCCAACUUGGUGCCUAAACAGUUCAACCAUAAUGAGUAACUCAAAAAAUUGCUUGGAAUUUUUUAAACAGGUCUCUAAACUAAAGCAUUUGGAGCGCACUGGAUGGGUGAUGAAAGGCAUUCCACAUCCCGAGACUGUGAGUGGCCACAUGUAUCGCAUGGCUGUUGCUGCCAUGAUGCUCGAUCAUAGUGAUAAUGUAGACACAAACAAAGUGUUGCGGAUGUGUCUAGUACAUGACUUGGCUGAGUGUGAAGUGGGAGACAUCACACCACACUGUGGUGUUAGUGAUGAAGAUAAACACAAAAGAGAGAUGAGCACCAUGUCUUCUCUCACCAGUCUCCUAAACCCUCCUGUUGGCUCUGAAAUGUUCAAUCUUUUAAAGGAAUAUGAAGCCCAGAAUACUCCUGAAUCUCAUCUGGUGAAAGACUUGGAUAAGUUUGACAUGAUACUUCAGGCUUUUGAGUAUGAAGUUUCGAAUAACAAACCAGGCUGGCUAGAAGAAUUUUUUCUUAGCACAGAAGGGAAAUUUAGACACCCUAGAGUUAUGUCAUGGGUAGCAGAGCUCAAACAACAGCGACUAGAGUUCCUUAAAAGCAAUGAUCCUGUCCAGUCAGCAAGCAAUAGUGAAUUAAAGGUUAGUGAAAAAUAGUAACAACAGCAUCAUCCAUGAGUUAGCCUUUUAUUCAAUUUUAUGAAAACCUGUCACUUGGAUGUACAACUUAUGAGUUGACAAUUUGCUCGAGCUGUUGUUGAUAUUCUUGCAGCCUGCGGAAAAAUGAAGAAAGUUAUAGUAUGUAUCAGUAGCAUAGGUAUUUCAUCCCUUAUUUUCUGUAGGUCCUGCAUUCUUAUGUGGUGUUAAGCCACUUUGAUAAAGAUAUGUAGUUUUGAAUUUUUCCAUUUUAAAAUGUAUUAGUUUUUAUACCUAGUUCUAAUAGGAACAAUCAUUUUUCUAUAAAGCAAAAAAUGUUGCUGUUUUUAACUCAGUUUAAUGUCAAGUUUCGCCAUGAAAUAUCGUAAUAUAUAUAAUGUAUUUCCAUGUGUUUGCAUUAUUUCAAUUGAUCUCUGAAUGUGAAGCAUUUACUGUUCAUCAUUACAUGAAUUUCUGAACAAUUUUCCGUCUCUCAAUCAAUGCCAAAAACAUUUUAGGAGUUUCUUCCCCUGUAAUAUCUUGCUGACCAAGUGACCAUGUUACCCGGUAAUGAUUAAUGCUCUAAAUAAUAAGUGUGACCAGUAUCACCUCUAUUCCAUUGCCAGUGGUCUCGGGGCCAGUUAUAAUAAGCAUAACCAGGACAUUCAAUCCAGUAACCUUCAAUCAACGGACAACCUUCAAUCAAUAGGACAUUCAAUCCUUCAUUCAAUCAACGUAACCUGUUAUUUGCGGCAUCAAGUUUUUUCUUGUAGUGCUCAGCAUGAGCUUUCUGUUGGGCGAGCUCCGCAGCCGUGCUCGCGGCCAUGGAGGUGGCGGCGGAGAGUCUGCUCUCCAGCGCUCGUGUCAGGGACUCCCGCUCCUGCAAUAACCUGGGCACACGAUUGUUUGUCAGUGUCAUUGGUCAUUGUCUUGUUAAAAUCUGCCAUCAGUC